AUGGCUGCCAGAGUCGCCCCCUCGCGAAGCACCAUGCCUCCGAUGCCCAACAAGGAGGAUAUUCGUUCAACAUGGGACUAUCUGCAGGCAGGCAUCUCGCGUAUCAUGAACGAUCUCGAGGCUGGAAUCGAUAUGAAUCUCUAUAUGGGUGUCUACACUGCUAUUCACAACUUCUGCACAUCACAGAAAGCUGCCGGCCUUGGCAGCCCUGCGAUGCACUCAAACCACCGUGGAGCACAUCUCCUCGGCGAAGAGCUCUACAAGAAGCUUAUCGAAUAUCUUGAGGCUCACUUGAAGGAUCUCCUAGAGGACUCGAAGUCCCACAACGAUGAGGCCUUACUCGCGUUCUAUAUCAAAGAAUGGGUUCGCUACACGACCGCUGCUAAAUACAUCCACCAUCUCUUCCGCUACCUGAAUCGCCAUUGGGUCAAGAGAGAGAUCGACGAGGGCAAGAAGGACAUUUACGACGUAUACACCCUCCAUCUGGUUCAGUGGCGUAAGGUGUUGUUCGAGAAGCUCUCGUCCAAGGUGAUGGAUGCUGUCCUGAAGCUUGUUGAGAAGCAGCGAAACGGUGAGACCAUCGAGCACGGCCAGAUCAAGCAGGUCGUUGACUCGUUCGUUUCCCUCGGCCUGGACGAGGCCGAUACAUCCAAGUCGACCCUGGACGUUUACCGACAGCAUUUCGAGAAGCCCUUCCUCCAGGCCACCAAGGAAUUCUACCAAGCCGAGUCGAAGCAAUUUGUUGCUGAGAACAGCGUUGUCGAAUAUAUGAAGAAGGCUGAGGCUCGAUUAACAGAGGAGCAAGAACGUGUGAACAUGUACUUGCACCAGGAUAUCGCUGGACAGCUGAAGAAGACCUGUAACCAAGCGUUGAUUGCCGAUCACUCGAUCCUCCUGCGUGAUGAGUUCCAGGUCCUGCUUGACAAUGAUCGCGAGGAGGACAUGGCAAGGAUGUACAACCUUCUUUCACGUAUUCAAGAUGGACUCGAUCCCCUGCGGACUCGAUUCGAGACUCAUGUUCGAAAGGCAGGUCUGCACGCUGUCGAAAAAGUGCAAUCCUCAGAGGGUGAAAAGUUGGAGCCUAAGGUGUACGUCGAUUCACUCCUCGAGAUUCACACCAAGUACCAGGGCCUGGUUAAGCGCGCUUUCAACGACGAACCCGAAUUUACGAGAUCUUUGGAUAAUGCAUGCAGAGAGUUUGUAAACCGAAAUGCGGUUUGCAAGUCAUCGUCCAGCAAGUCACCUGAGCUCCUGGCCAAGUAUACCGAUGUCUUGCUUCGCAAGAGCAACACGAGCAUAGAAGAGGCCGAGCUUGAGCGAACACUCAGCCAGAUUAUGACCGUCUUCAAGUAUAUUGAGGACAAGGAUGUCUUCCAGAAAUUUUACUCCAGAAUGCUCGCCCGCCGUUUGGUUCACAGCAACUCAUCCUCUGACGAUGCCGAAACUAGCAUGAUUAGCAAGUUGAAGGAGGCAUGUGGUUUCGAAUACACCAACAAACUCCAACGCAUGUUCCAAGACAUGCAAAUCUCCAAGGAUUUCAACAAGGAGUUCCGUGCUCAUCUUGAAAACGUUGAGUACUCUAAGGCCGUCGAUUCAACCUUCUCCAUUCUUGGCACAGGGUUCUGGCCUCUGACGCCACCUAGCACAGACUUCCAUGCCCCUGCGGAGAUUGAUGCCGAGAUUGAGCGCUUCACUCGAUACUACAAAAAGAAGCAUGAUGGUCGAAAGCUAACGUGGCUAUGGCAUCUUUGCAAGGGUGAAAUCAAAGCCAACUAUUGCAAAAACAGCAAGACUCCAUUCACAUUCCAAGUCUCAAUUUACCAAAUGGCCAUUCUUCUGCUGUUCAACGAGAAGGACACCCAUUCUUACGAAGACAUGCUGAAUGGGACUAAGCUUAGUAGCGAAGUCCUGGACCAAGCUCUCGCCGUUAUCCUGAAGGCCAAGGUUCUCCAGAUGUCUGGGGGCGACAAACCUGGUCCUGGCCGGACCUUCAAGCUCAACUACGACUUCAAGAGCAAAAAGAUAAGAGUCAAUCUGAACCUGGGUGGUGUCAAGGAGGCUAAGCAAGAAGAGGCUGAGACGAACAAGACUAUUGAGGAAGAUCGCAAACUUGUUCUCCAGUCGGCGAUUGUGCGUAUUAUGAAGGCACGAAAGCAGAUGAAGCACGCACAACUCGUUAGCGAAACUAUUAACCAGAUCCGAUCCCGGUUCGUCCCCAAGGUGUCAGAUAUCAAAAAGUGUAUUGAGAUCCUCCUCGACAAGGAGUACCUGGAGCGUCUCGAGGAUGAUGAGCUUGGAUACUUGGCAUGA